CCCUUACUCAGAGGGCAAGAUCUACGGUGAUGCAAGAACAUACGAUCCGGAUUUUAAGGGUCCUAUUGCCAAGAGCCUGGGUCAAUGGCGACCCCAGGAGAGUGGCCUAUCCUACAGACAGCCAGGGCCAAUUUUGUGGCCAAAAGGGCACCUCUAAUGAGAACAAGACCAUUUUGUUUUACUUUAACCUGCUCAGCUGUGCCAGUCCCUCUGUGGUGGUGAACCUACAGUGCCCUACCACACAGAUCUGUGUUUCCAAGUGCCCAGAAAAAUUUUUAACCUACAUGGAAAUACAAUUCACAUACAGAAGAGACAGAAACUACUGGGCGUACUACAGCCAGUUCUGCAAGUCCGCUAUUCUUAAGCCUGCGAAGACUCUCACACAAGUUUUACUGGAUAAUGAUUGUCCGACAGCGAUUUUUCCAAGCAGACCGUUUCUCCAGAGAUGCUUCCCUGACUUCUCUACUCAAAAUGGCACUUUAACUGUAGGAAAUAAGACAGUAUUUGAAGACGGAAGUGGAAGGACAAGAAAUGCUGUUGAACUCAGGGCAGCUGCGAAUGGUGUCAAUAGAGUCCUUGAUGCGAGGGCAAUUGGAAUAAAAGUGUUUGAAGACUAUGCGACAACUUGGUAUUGGAUUCUCAUCGGCCUGACCAUCGCCAUGCUCCUCAGCUGGUUGUUCGUGAUACUCCUGAGGUUCACAGCUGGAUUCCUCUUCUGGGUCUUUACCCUCGGUGUGAUUGGGAUUAUAGCUUAUGGAAUAUGGCACUGUUACCAGGAAUACAGUGAUCUUCAGGGACAGCCGAAUGCUCACUUAACUCUAUACAACAUCGGGAUUCAGACUGAUAUAAGCAUGUACUUCCAACUGAGACAAACAUGGUUCGCAUUUAUGAUAAUACUCUGCAUCCUUGAAGUGUUCGUCCUCCUCAUGCUGAUCUUCCUCAGGAACCGAAUCCGCAUCUCCAUCGCCCUCCUGAAGGAGGGGAGCAAAGCCAUUGGAUAUAUCCCUACUACAUUAAUUUAUCCAGUUUUAACUUUCAUCUUCCUCUCAAUCUGCAUUUCCUACUGGGCUGUGAUAGCAAUUUACUUGGCUACAUCAGGGGUACCUAUAUACAAAGUCAUAACUCCAGAGGGGCAAUGUAAACAUGAAAAUAAAACCUGUGACCCAAAGAUUUUUAAUACAACUGAAGUUGCCAAAGCUUGCCCUGGGGCUCAGUGUAACUUUGCUUUCUAUGGUGGAAAAAGCUUGUACCAUCAGUACAUUACUACCUUCCAGAUAUUCAACCUAUUCGUCUUUCUCUGGCUUAUAAACUUUGUCAUUGCAUUGGGUCAGUGUGCCCUAGCUGGUGCCUUUGCUUCCUAUUACUGGGCCUUGAAGAAACCUGAUGACAUCCCACCAUAUCCACUUUUUAAUGCAUUUGGACGAGCCAUACGAUAUCACACAGGAUCCCUAGCAUUUGGAUCUUUAAUUCUUGCAACAGUUCAAAUGUUUAGAUUAAUCCUAGAGUACUUGGACAAACGUCUUAAACAGGCCCAGAGCAACAUCUCUAAAUUCCUAAAAUGCUGCCUGAGAUGCUGUUUCUGGUGUUUGGAAAAAGCAGUACGGUUUUUGAACAGAAAUGCCUAUGUUAUGAUCGCAAUAUAUGGCAAAAACUUCUGCAGGUCAGCAAGAGAUGCUUUCAAUCUGCUGAUGAGAAACAUUUUAAAAGUUGCAGUUAUGGAUAGAGUUACCGACUUUGUACUCAUCCUGGGGAAGAUUCUAGUUGCUGGGUGCAUAGGUGUCCUGGCCUUUCUACUCUUCACGCAAAGACUCCCAAUGAUUAUAGAAGGACCAACAUCUUUAAAUUACUACUGGGUACCCUUGCUGACAGUCAUCAUUGGAUCUUACCUAAUUGCACAUGGGUUCUUCAGCGUCUAUGCAAUGUGUAUUGAAACAAUCUUCAUCUGCUUCUUGGAAGAUUUAGAAAGAAACGAUGGUUCUACUGAAAGACCCUAUUACAUGAGUCAGUCUCUGCUGAAGAUUUUGAAAGAGCAAAAUGCACAAACUGAGAAGCAGUAGAAGUGCAAACGCUGGUCAUCCUGCAGCGGUGUUACCUCUCCUUCAUCUGCUGUGUCUGUGCUCCUCUGGUUUCAUAAGUGCUUUGUGUAUGGAACACUGGAUUCAUGACCUUGUUGGCUUUUUGUGCAUGUUUUAUACCAAAGCUUAUACUGUAAUAUGUGAAGCCAUCAGAAGUCGCAAGGGAAUUGUUAAUAACAUGGAACAUUUUUUAUACCGAGAUCUUUUGGUUUGUAAUUCAUUUUUAAAUAGAGUGGCUUGGAUGUUUUAAAAAUGCUAGUGGAUAUGUGAAUAUUGUUUUAAGUCUUAGAUUGAAAAAUGAUACAUUGUUUGGAUAGCUCCUAAUAUAUUUUUAAAACUACAACUAAAUGACUUCUGCAGGGAAAAUUGGUAAACAAAGUGAAAUAGAAGAUUUUAAAGUUUUCCCCACUCCUGUUUGACAGUAAAUCAGUAAGAGGAGCGCCCCACUCCAGAUUUUGCUCUAAGGAUAGACUGUUUCCUAUUAAACAAAUUGUCAAUCAUCCAGCCUUUACUACUUCGUCCUCUCUGACAAAGUGCCUUACUGGCUGUUUAAUAUUACCCAGCUUUUGUGGGCAAGUUUACAAACAUUGUUAAAAAAAAAAAAAAACCUGCAAUGUUCAGUGACUGAAAGAAGUCUUCUUGCAUUUGUUUUCCUCUUCGCUCACUGGUUGGAAACUCCUUGUCAUUUCAGUAGGUUUGAUAUCCUCACUAGACAGAGGACAUUUGCAGCAUAAACAAUUUCCCUUGCGCCUAGUGGACACUCACGAAUGUGUACUAUACGCAAGAAAAAACCUGAACGGACACUUGUUGGGCUUGUUGUUCUUUUUUUUACUACAAGUGAGUUUAAAAUGUAAUCUUUUCUAUGGUAGAUCUUUGAAAAUACAAUAGGUGCGAGACUACAUUUCUCAGUGUUUUACACAGAGUAGAAAGGGAAAUUUUAAGAAAUUACAAAGGGAAACUUUACUCCUAGAAAGGGUGCUCACAGAUGACACGGACUGAAUAGCUCCAUUUUAAAUGAUUUUAACAUUAUCAGGUGUUCUAUGUGUUAUUUCCAUUUUCUAACUUUUGAUAUGAAAUAAUCAGUGUACUUAUGUUACUUUUUAUUGUGCUAAUAUAAACAGGAACAUAAUUUCUAAUUCAAUUUUAAAUAAUUUUAUUAGUACUACUAACUUUAAAGAAAAUGAGUUCAGUGUGUUAGUGUUAUAGAAAGAGUCCAUAAAACAUUCACCCUAAGGGAAUGUCAAUUGCAUAAUGAUAAUUUGUGAAAGCUCUGAGAAUCAACAGCAAGUUACUGGCAGUUUAUCUAUUAUCACAUCUAACUGUGACUUUGGACAUUCUUUUAUGCCAAAAACAAACUCACAUGAGCACAUGACAGUCUGAGCUCUAUAAUCAGUGUGCUUCUGCUGUGCAGAAAUAUU